CAACACCGUUGCUAAUCGUAUCACCCUCAAUUAACUUUACUUCUACUGGAUAAACCUCUUUGGAGGGGGACAAAGUAGGAGGGAGGGAGGGAGAGUAUGUGUGUGCCCCCUACUCAGCCCUCCACCCCCUGUCUCUCCACAGGACUGCCAGCCCGUCUAGAGUUAUUCCAGGAAUGCGUUGAACAUGGCUGCCGCGAUGAAGGAGCAGAAAACGGGACUGCUAGAACUUCGUGUGACCGUGGACCGCUGGAUCCGGGUGUUGGCCACGCUCACCGAGGACACGUUCACGGUGAAUCCCGGGGAGGGUUCCGAGGAGCCCGCGAAGCCCAACCCGACUCCCGCUGGUGCUAUCAACGGAGACCCCCCGAACCUCAGCUCGUCCCCGGUCCCGGAAACCAUCACCAACGUGAAGCGCACCGUGCGAGUCACCAAGCAAGAUGUUGGAGGACUCGGGAUCAGUAUCAAAGGUGGGAGGGAGAACAAGAUGCCAAUCCUCAUCUCCAAGAUUUUUAAGGGCCUGGCUGCUGACCAGACUGAGGCGCUUUAUGUUGGUGACGCCAUACUGUCUGUCAAUGGUUAUGACUUACGGGAAGCCACACACGAUGAGGCUGUGCAGGCGCUGAAGAAAACUGGCAAAGAAGUCAUUCUUGAAGUGAAGUACAUCAAGGAGAUGUCGGCCUUCUUUAAAAGCUCGGGCUCCCCCGGGGCCGCCCUCCCGUGGGACUCUCCCCCCUCCACACCUCAGAGGGGCCCUGAGCUCUCCCCUGCUGAGCUGAAGGAGCCCCGCAGCAUCCCGCUGAAGAUGUGUCAGGUGUCACGAAAGCAGUGCCCCCCGGACACAGAAAACCGGUAUUUCGAGGUGAUUUCAUCCAACAGAAAGAACUCUGUGUUCCUGCGGGCAAAAGACCCGGCCAUGGCCCAGUCCUGGUACAAUGGGAUCCAGGCCGGUGCUGCCAACCUUUUACCACGAGUGAAGGAGGAGAUGAAGAGCAUGCAGCCUGGCAUGGAGGUGAAACAUCUGGGCUGGAUUACAGAGCAGGUGGCUCAGGGUCCAGAAAGACCAGUUCUGGCUGUGCUGACUGACAGAGACCUGCUCCUGUAUCCCUGCUUGCCUGAGACUAAAGAGAGCCUCAGCAGCCCCACCAAGAGUCACCCGCUCAUCACCACCAGACUGGUCCACUCCGGCCCAGGAAAAAGUUCUCCUCUCCUGGACUCUGAGCUGUCGUUUGGCCUGCGUUCAGGCACCAAGCAGGGCGUGGAGACCCAUGUGUUCAGGGUGGAUUCUGCCAAGGAGCUGUCCACCUGGACUCAUCUGCUGGUGGAGGGCUGCCACAACGCUGCUGAGCUCAUCAAGGAGGUCACCACGGCCUGUAGUUGGAAUGGGAAGGAGUGUACCCUGGGAGUGCACAUCGAUGAGGGCUUCACAUUAUUCACAGAGGAGAUGGGCGUCAGGAAAAGUAUUCUCCUCCAGCAGCCCUUCGAGCGUCUAAGAAUGUCCUCCGACGACGGAGUCCGUAUGAUGUUCCUGGACUUUGGAGGCCCAGAGGCCAGAGAUUGUAAGUUGUGUUGUCAGCUGGACCUCCACUGUUGCCCUAAGACCAUAGUCUUCAUCAUCCACUCGUUCCUAUCUGCAAAGGUCAAGCGACUGGGCCUGUUGGCAUGAUAACGGCCCCUCCAUCCAGAACAUCAACAAUAGGAAUAUUCAAUCAAUCACACAGCCCAGAAGACUGAAACACAGCAGAGGACAGAGCCCGGGAGGAGAUGCUCACUAACCCCUGAUCAUCUCUGCUCAGACGUCUCCGGGUUUUUCUGGUGGGAUGAGAGAGAGGUGCAGCAUUGAUGGACAUUUUGUUGAAGCUGUAGUUGUGAGGUAAAGAGAGGUUUUACAGAUGGUGUAAGUCAGCAGCCAGUUAGAGGAUCUGACAUCUGAAUCUGUCACAGUGGGUCAUGACUUUGUGUGACAGUUUGCAUCUUCAGUGUUUCUAAGCUCGGAGUCCCAACCAUUUGUUGUUUUGUUUGUUUUUGUCCCAUUGUUCAGUUGUGUUGUGUUAGAUGAGUCACUGCAGCCCUUUGUCAGGAGCAUCCUUUCAUCUUUCAAUCUUUGCAUUAUGUUCUGUGAGCAGUCAUAAAAAAUAAUUUCACAAAUGUCCUGAUUGAUGUUGGACAGUUUAGUUUUCUUUUUUUUUUUUAAAUAAAGGCAGCUUCAGUGAAGUGACAGGAUGACAUGACUGAUCACAUGAUCAAUAAUCUGUACUGGAUAACGUACAGAAUGACGCUAUAACCAUAUGCUGUUUAUUUGGACACUUUAGUUGCCUUUACCCUGAAUUUCCUGUGUUUUCUUUAGAAAACUUCCAGAUGGAAAAUCAAAUAUUUUUCACUGCAGCUGAACAACUUCUUCUUUUCAGUUCUUCUGUUUCUCUCCUCCCUGUUUUAAGCAUGUUUAUAAUCCAUGGCCUAACAAAGAGAAAGGACUAACAGAGUAUGAUAUCAUAAAAUACGUUUUAUUGCGUUUUAGCUUAACAAAAGAAUUAGAUAAGAACUUGUACAUUUCCUAACAAAGACUCUCACAUUGAAUCUGGAUGGCCUCAGUCAGACAGUGUGACUCUGUUAUUUCAGCCUGUGUGAAGAACAACAUGAGAGCUCUUGUGUUUUUUAUCAGCAGUGGUUGUCACAUCAUCAUUUAUUAAUAGAUGACAAACAGUUGGCUCAGAGAGUGCCGGUCCAGCUGAGCUACCUCUGUGUCUGAGUUUAGCUCCUAAAUAAACCGGUUCUAUGUUUUUAUUUGUGGUUCAUUCACCAGAGAGGACAGACAGGCUUCAUCAGACACUGAUGGUGCAUUUUACACAAUAAGUCCAACAUUUAAAUAUGUUCAUUUAAUUACCAUCAGACAGAUGUUCAGUUGUUUACAUCAUUAAGUGUUUAAUCUGUUUUUCUUCAUUAUUCUGUGUCGGCUGAAUAUCCACAACCUGGGGCCUUUUCUCUGUGUCCAACACUAAACAGACUUGUAUUAAUAUAUAACUCAAAACUAAAACUUGUUUGCUUUCAAGAACCAGAUGUAUUGUAUAUUCUUAUUUAAACAAAGGUGUGCCUUGCAGGGUUGUUUGUAUAUAAACAUGUAAUAAACUUUGUUAACUUUUA